AUGCUGAACCCUCAUCGCCAGUCAGUGCUGACCAACGCAUGUAUCAAACCCUCUGUGGACCCCCUUAACCGGAUACCUGGCACCAUCUAUGAACCAAAAGGGCAGGUUCGACUCUUGGGGCUGAUUUCGGAAAAUUGUCCUUUGCAGGAAGACUAUUUGGAUGCUGGAGAUGGAAAGCUGAUCUGUAUGAAGCGAACAAAGAAGAAGAGUGCCACCUCGAUUGGGAAGAGCAGCAUGGAGCCGGAGAAAGAAGGCCUAAAUUUCACUGAUGCCUCAAACAGACGGCCAGAUUCCAAGCCAAGCAGGCAAGUGGUUGAGCCCAUACCACGCCCCAAGACCUUCUCCCCAUGCCCUUUGUCGCCUCCUGAGCACCUCAGACAAUCGAGUUCAGGUUCAUUUCCAUUCCACUGGAUGUGGGAGAGAUUCUCUGUCGAUGGCCAAGCCGUAUACCAACAGCGGUCCUUAGAGAAGGCUAAGAAGAAUUCCUCCAAGGAUUCCAGGAGCUCUGCUUGCGAGUCGUUUAGCACAUCAGAGCCAAACUCGAGCUCCACCAGGAUCUCUAGAGACAACUAUUGCCUGGCUGAACGUGGGACAUCAGGACGUUCCAGGGAGCUCCGCUAUAAGCAUCAGAAGCACCACCAGUUCAUGGGCCCACCUCCCGGGAGUUCCCUUUUGCCUCUGUACUGGAAGAUGGAGGCUCGGUCUGAGGCUCGGAAGCGCCAACUGCGCCAGGAACGCCAGCACUGGCUCCAACUUGCCCAGCAAUUGCUGAGCCUUGAAGAUCGGUCCCCCUGGUAUGAGAAAAGGCUCUCAGCCAAGAAGCUGGAAGAGAAACUGAGAGCGGAACUUCUCUGCCUGGCCACAGAACCCAUGGAGCCCAGUUCACAAAGGAACAAAAUCAAGGCCAAGACCGCCAAGGAAGAGCCAACAUUCAAACCCACCAUCAACCACAAGAUCCCCAAUUUCAAGAAUUUGCAGAAGCGUUUCCAAGAACAACUUGAGCAAAAGAAAGAUCAAGCAAAACUCACCGUCUGUAAGCCUUUCCGCCUUACCUCUGCUGGCAGCUCCCAAUCAUUCUCUGGGGAAGAGGACAGACAGGAUCAAGAAGACCCUUUUAAUGAAGUUGGCAACUUCUAUGGAGUUAACUGGAGGGCUCAGUCUUGCCCAGACUUUGGUCCUCCUAGUAUUUGUCCAGUGAUGCACACCAAAACCUCUGAUAAGCGACAAGAGGCCAACAGACAGCUGCUGCUAGAAUGGGAACGGCGGGAACGGCAGGAGAAGCUGCGGGCUGAGUUUCGCAGGCUCAAGGAACAGCAAGUGCAGCAGGAAGUGGCCAAGUGCCUGGCAGCUUACCGGAGCCCAGGCCACCCUGCCUUGAUAGUCCAGAAAAAGAGGAAGGAACUCCGGAGGCAGGAAAAGCAACGCAUGGAAGCAUAUUCCUUGCAGCUGCAAGAGAUGCAGGACCGUGUGGAGAGCCGGCCGUAUCUCUUUGAGAGAGUCAUGCAGGCCAAUGCCCGUCAGGCUGUGGAGCGGCGUUUUUCCCAGGUUCUGUCUGCUCUGGGCAUUGAUGAAGAGAUGCUGUGGAAGCAUGCUAUCCGGCAGACUGCUACCAAAUACUCUUCCAAGGCCAUGCGCAAGAGAACAAAUUCUCCUGAUGACUUCUCAGAGCAAAUCUGACAGCUAAGAGAGAAAGAGAGAGAAGAUCAUCACGGACCACCAUGUAUCCCGGCCUUACAGUCAUGGAAC